CGAGCGUGAGUGAAGGGGGAGUAAGUUGUUGCGGCGGUCGUUACCAGAGGCCCGAUCUUGCUCGCUCGGGCAUGUGGAAGUCAACGUCGUCGAUCGUGGGCAAGACCAGCGGCUUGGAUGACCAGCCCAUGGUUCUGCAACAAGAAAUCAACGAUUUUCUGCACGUUGCGCAGAAUCGCAAGCAGCAAAAGCUUGUCCCGCGCAUCAACAAGGUCGACUUCACCAAACCUAUGCCAGAGACUGAGUUCGCUCUGUGCCUUCAACUUCAAAUAUACAACAAAGACUUUGUCGACGGGUGGCCACUCUCAUCCAUGACAUCCAUUGCAUCCAUGUCGCUCGCGUCGAUAUCCCUGGAGCGCGACCGGGGCAAAUUCACACUGGUGAUGCGCAUCCCCAAGAAGUAUCCCCAUGCAGCUCCAGACAUUUCGUGCGUCACUGGCGGCGAAUACAUUCCACCACAACUCAAGCAAGGCCCUACCUUUGUGAUGCCCUGGAUCCAACAAGGGUGGCCGUCAACGUAUUCACUUUUGCAUUUUGCAGAGGACUUGUGCACGGCCCUCGGCGCCCCCGAAAACAUUUCCACGACCAGCUUUCUCUCUGAGCAGAAGGUGUUUCCUCUGGAUUCGAGUCACAUUGGGUCACGAACAUCGCAGCGAGUCCUUGACCAUUCCAAGGCAUCGUGUGGCAGCAACGAACAUGCGACGGACUUGCUCAUGUUGCACGACGAGCCGGCAAAGCCGUCGCCAUUUCAAGGAGGGACGGCAAAGUUGGCCACAGCGACACCAACACCCACAAAUCCGUUUGAUUCUGGGCCACACACCUCCGUGACGAACGUAACAGCGUUGAAUCAAAGCAAUGGCGGGGAUGUGUCAGGCAGCGCAAAGCGAGGGUCGCCGCACCCAACCCACGAUCUGUUGGGCAUGCACCACCAGCUAACUCCAAGUGCCCAUGGGCAUUCCAAUGGCGCACCCGUAGUGGAUUUGCUAGGGAUCGAUUUGGGAAUCCAGCCAUCACCACCUCGAGCCAUGCAAAGAAGCAACGACCGUAGCGGGGACAGCGGCCAUCUGGCGAUUCAAACGACUACUCUUGGCAACACCAGUCCCCAGGGGAACGUCCAGUCCCCCCGUGGGCUCGAAAUGCGAUAUCAAAGCAACGAGUGCUGCAUCAAAUGCAAAUUCAAGGAUGAAGCGCGGCGGUUUGUCUUCGAGAAAACGAUGACGUUCCAGCAACUGCAGGACGCGAUCGUUCGUCUUUUUCAGUUUCCCCCGGCAACUAUCGUAACCUUGGCAUAUUUGGACAGUGACGGCGACAAGUGCGGCCUGUCGUCGGACGAGGAACUUCGCGCAGCGCUCUCUCACUACCCCGACACAUUGAUUCUUCAAGCCGACAUCAAGCCCGGCGAGCACUCAAAGAAGGCCGAAUCUCUGCCACCGUCACCGCUUCUCCCUGCCCAACCCAAGGCGGAAGACUCGAUUCUUCGAGAAAUCAAGAUCGAGGAUGUCAAGCUGGAAAAGUGCAUCGGAGUCGGAUCGAGCUGCAAAGUGUACAAAGCAAUCUGGCGAGGCACAGAAGUCGCCAUUAAAAAGUUCACGUCCCAAAAUGCUGAUACUGUGAACAAAGAGUUCAGGCAUGAAGUCCAAAUGAUGGCGCACUUGGGCUGCCAUCCGUGCAUUGUGCUGCUUUUGGCCGUAUGCUCAACCCCCAAAAGCAUUGUGUUCGAGUACCUUCCGUUUUCACUUUUCGAGCAAAUCAAUGGCUCCCAGGACCCGUCCAAGAAAAUACCGCCGUUCCCAAACACGUGGCAAAAGCGCCUACAGAUGAUUAUGGACGUGGCGCGGGGGCUCCAGUUCCUACACUCGUUCAAUAUCGUGCACCGCGACCUCAAGUCUCUAAACCUGCUCAUCACAGACGAAGGCCGCGUCAAACUUGCAGAUUUUGGCAUUGCUAAGCUAGCCCAGGACGAGUUCAUGACUCGAUGCUGCGGCACGUACCAGUGGAUGGCUCCGGAGGUCAUCGUGAGCCAGUCGUACUCUGUGAGUGCGGACAUUUACAGCUUUGGCGUUGUCAUGUGGGAAAUAUGCGAAGCGUCCGUGCCGUUUGCCGACACGCCUGCGGCCCUGGUCGCCAUGGCAGUCAUCCAGGAGAACAAGCGACCUACCAUCUCGCCCAACAUCCCAACGCCGUUGAAGGAACUCAUCUCAAAGUGCUGGCACAAAGAAGCAACCGUGCGCCCUGAUGCGGCCACAAUUGUGAACGACCUGACCAAGUUUCUUCAAGCUAGCCAAACACCGACGUAAUCGACACUUGCAUGCCACAUGAGGUCAACGCUUUCGUCAUGAUGACUCAACAGCGAUGGAUGCACUCAAGAACUCGCUCGGAGAUGGCGCGGAAGCUGCGUUAAAUAAGAAUAUUGGCGGUGUCGAAUGGCGUGGUCUGUA